GUGUUUAUGGGCUGCUGUUCCAGGGCUGCUGUUCCUGAGCUAGCACCAUGGCAAACGGCAAGGACCCCAUCACCCAACUGAAAGACCUGGUGGACCUCAAAGACCAACUGGAGGACAUCCAGAGGCGAAUGGAGGACGAGAUCCAAGCUGGUGUUCCCCCCGGAGGAAGUUUUCUCGCCUCUCCUUUCCUCAAGGGAUUUCUGGCUGGGUACAUAAUCGCCCGAUUACGCUCUCCUGCUUUGGUGGGUGUUGCUAUUGGAACAUGUACUGGGAUCUACGCCGCACAGAACUACAAUGUCCCGAAUAUUGAGAGCACCCUCAAAGACUACUUUAGCAGCCUGAAACGGAAAUAACUGCGCUAACUCCAGAUAUUUUUCAGUUUUUCCUAAAAAACGCACAGGAAAGCAUCUCUUUAAAGGUCCUAUAUUACGCAAAACUGACUCUUGUGAGGUUUAAGCCAUGUUAGAAUACUGUUACUUCAUCAAAAACAGACCUGGAGUUGUGUUUUGUUCCAUUCACACGUUUGAGUUAUCGUACAUUAUUAAUCUGUCGACAUCUCCACAGCUCAAAACGCUCUGUUCCACCUUGUGAUGUCAUAUAGUGGUGGUUUUCAAGUUAACAGCUCCUUUUUACCGUUUCUUCAGUUCAGAUUGACAAUCCUUGGGCUGAAAUCAUCCAACUGAUUCUAGUGAAGAUGUGUGGAGUUUAAAAACACAGUGGAGCACUUCCUGUAUCGCCACAUGAUGACAUCACAAGGUGGAACAGAGCGUGAAGGAUGCAGGAUUUCCGUGUUAAACAUGUGUAAAUGAAACAAAACACGACUGCAGGUCUGUUUGUGACGAGGAAAUAUUAUAACAGAUCAGAGAAUAGUGUAAUAUGGGCCCUUUAUAUCAUUUUUGUACUUGAAAGAGAAAAAAAAUGGUCAAAAGUCAUAAAUUAGUGUGACUAGCUUUAAAAAAAAUCAUAUUUUCAGCAGCUUGAAAUAUUAUGUGUAGAGAUGUAGUUUUUUUUGGUUAUAUUAUUUUUUUCAUAUCAGAGAAAAUAUGAAAUGUUUUACCGCAGGGGAAGCACUUUUUUGCCAAAGUAAGUGUCAAAAAAAUGAUGCUGCUAAAUUGUAAUUGCAUCUAAACAGAAGUUGGUUUGAGCGACGUACUGUGUUGUGCCUUUAAUUCGACAUUUAUGCUGGAUAUUUCUUCAGAGCACUUUAGACGCAAACACAGAGUUAACCGCACAGUUCAGUAGCAGUCGUAGUUCAGUAAAUGUUUUGUCCCUAAUAUUUAUAUUUAUCUAUAUAAUCAAAUCAAGUUAGUUUACUUUUUUUCACUUUAAAGUACGAUGUGUACUGUUGUCCUUGUACAUUUACAUCCAUACAAAUAGUUUAGAGUUUGAUUUGACUUCAACUGGAAUCCGU